AUGGGGCCCGCGCUGCUGCUGGCGGCGGCCGCGCUUGCGCUCUCGGAGCCGGUACCGGAGGAUGCGGGGGGGGGGGGUCCCCCGGGGGGGGGGCGCCUCCGCCUCCUCUUCACCCCCCCCCGUUGCCGCCUCCGGUGCAGCGGCAGCGGCGGCUGCGCCCGGGAGUGCCCCAACGGGGACCCGGAGGCGGUGGAGAGCGGGGUCCCCCCCCCCGCGGGCAGCGGCUUCCGCCUCGUGCUGUGCCCGCUGCUGUGCCAGAACGGGGGGGUCUGCGCGCGCCCCGGCUCCUGCCUCUGCCCCCCCCACUUCACCGGCCGCUACUGCCACGUCCCGGCCAACGGCAGCCGGGGGGGGGCCCUGAGCCCCGAGCUGGGGGGGCCCGGGACGAGGGGGGGGCCCCAAGCCCUCACCAG